ACUUUUGGAUUUCACUUUCAUUUGCCCUGCUCUGUGUAUAUAUAUAUAGGGUGCAGACCGAGACACAAUGACACUCCACCAAAGAGACUGAGAACUUGUGAGACAUUAAAAUGUCAGAAAGACUGCGGUUGAGGCACCAUGGACAUGGUGAAAAUGAUGAAGACGAUGUACCCACUACCAAACAUGGACAUGGUGAAAAUGAUGAAGAAGAUGAUUUUCCUUCUACUAAACAGCAGCAGAACAGUGGCAUAAAUGAAAUUGAAGAGGCUACUAUAGAAAAGUCAAAAGCACAAGAAACAUCAGUUAUAAACACCAUCAUGGACAUAUAUAAUACAUAUGACAGACCAGCAAAUGCCGAAGCAAAAGGCAGUUAUGCAAAACAAGAAGCAUAUAAGAAAGCUUUUAAAGACAAGCCAGGAGAGAGAAAUCCCAAGGCUGGAUACCUCGCAGAAGCAGGAUAUGGACGAGUUCGUGUUGAAGCCAGUAUAUUUGAGGCUGAAGCCAGAGGCCCCAACGCCUCAGCUUGUGCUGAAGCCAGUUCGACUAAAGUAGGAGCAAUGGCUCGAGCUGAACUUGCCGGUGUAUCAGCUAAAGCUGGUCCACUUGCUGCAAAAGUGGGAGUUGGAUUAGACACGGGUGCAUCUCUUGGUUGGGAUGGGGUGGAGCUCAAAUUCCUGGGAACUGGAUUCUCAUUUGGUCCAAAAAUGGGUGUAUCUGUUCUGGGUUCAGAAGCAUCAGCAUCAUGUUCAGUCAUGUAGCCACAGAGUUAAUAACUAUCUUUGAAUAUGUGUAACAUUCUACUUACAAAACAUGAAGACAAAAACAAAAACCUUAUAUAUUUUUAAAAGUUUAACCAGUUUUAAUGCAGAAUUAGUAACAAUAUUGAGCUAUAAAUACACAUAACAUACUUUAACAAUAUGAAAAUAAUGUUUUAUUUUUUGAUUUUAUACAAAUGUUAUGACUUUUGUCUUUUGAGAAUGUCAUUUGUCAUUUAAGAAUAAAUAUUUGUGUUUGGUAA